UGGGGGAAAAUGAAAUAGAAGCGCCAUUUUACCUUCAUUUUAGGGCGCGAAUUCGAAACUGAUAAAAGCAGCGAAAUUCCUCACAGAAUCAUUGCUGUUCCUAUUGCUAAACGAGAAUUAAUCCUUGGAGAAUCUCUAUUUCACUGGGAGUUGAAAGAUUUUUUCAUUUCGAUAUCGUGUUCUUGCUCCGACGCUAUAAACAGUAAACACCAUGAGUACCUUCCAUCAAGACUCGGCGAGUAAUGAAAUCGGACCUGAAAAGUCCAUGAAACCUGGAAAGACACGACGUAGUUGGUCAGUGAGGGAGGAGGAGGUGCUUCUUGCUGCUUUGAAGGAACUUGUAGUGCAGGGUUGGAAGUCGGACAAUGGAUUCAAAGCUGGGUAUCUUGGAAAGCUUCAAGAAGCUGUUAAGAAUGCGUUUCCAGGGACGGAUCUCAGGGGCACGCCUCAUAUCCAUUCAAAAAUACAAACAUGGAAGAAGAAUUAUGCAUCACUCUCAUAUAUGUUGACUAAGACCGGAGUCGGUUUUAACGUGGAUGGAAAAUAUAUGAUAGAUUGCGAUACAGAGCUGUGGAAUGAAAUUGUAAAGUGUGACCCAAAUGCAAGCAAUAUGCGCAAAAAGAGUUGGUUGUACUUGGAAGAAUGGAAGGAGAUCUUCGGGAAGGACCGUGCAAACGGUACCUCAGCGGAAGAUGUUGUGGAUGCACUGCACGAAAUGAAUGAUGAGGAUAAUCUUGAUAACGAGGGAACACAGGGUGAUUACCAUCCCCACUUUGAAGAUGAAGCGGAGAAUGAGGUCGCCGAUGACAGUGUGUGUCAACCUCAGAGAAAUAGCGCUGCUGCAAAAGUAUUGGGCAAGAAACGUAAAGCUAAUGAUGACUCCUUUGGACAACUUAUCGAAGUGUUAGGAGAGAUGAGCAAGAAUGCCGAUAAGAGGGCUGACACAAUAGCCGGGCGUAUUGGCUAUGAGCAAGACUUGGGCAAAGCUAGAAAAGAAGUUUAUGAUCAGCUGCACAACAUGCCUACUUUGACAAUGAGCGAUAGGUUUGUAGCCUAUGAACUUUUGGCGGGUGACAAACAGGGUCUCGAGCUGUUUAUGGGACUUCCAGAUGAGGCAAAACCACACUACGUCGUGCAUAUACUCAUGUCUAAGAAAAUCUAGGCUUGUUAGAUUUUGUAGUAAUCUAUUUUGGUGUGAUAUUGUGAAGCAGAACGAUGCUCUAGUAUGUUUUUAAUCUGCCAUAGGGCAUGUUUACUUUAUGUACUGACCAUUGAUUAGGAUAAUACUUGAUGGUUUGUCUUUUGGCAUAUGAAGAAUGUGCUACUGCUUAUAUUA